AUGGACAAAGACGAGAGCUUCCACUUUGAAAAGCUAGUCUUAGGAAGGCGUACAACGUUAUUGAAAGUCGCUGUCCGAGAUUUGCUGGAUCAAUGGGACAUUGGUAAAGGUGCACCUACGACAAAGCCUACAGCUGCAGAAGUGGUGGAGAAUUUGAAGGAGAUUUCAACAUGGAAUAUGUAG